UCGAAGUAAAAGAGUAUUUUCGAAUCACAAAAAAACUUCUUUUUGUGCGCGCGGCUGGAGUAGCGCCACGGAUACGACAAAAUUACAGGACCGCCAUGGCACCGCCGAGUGCCACAUUUUCAGAUCAGGAUUCUUCGACGAUCGACAAAGAAAAGGACCUAAGAAGAAGAACUGAAAAGAAGAAAUCAAACUAGCCCUCCGGAAGCAAAGAUCAAGGAGAAGAUGGAUCACUACAGGGUAUUAGGGGUGAGCCGUCAGGCAAGCAAGGAAGCAAUCAAACUAGCCUUCCGGAAGCUCGCAGUAGAAUUCCACCCAGACAAGCACGUCAACUCCCCUCCGGACGUGAGAGAACGCGCCACCUCCAAAUUCAAGCAGCUCUCCGACGCCUACGACACCCUAAUGGACGAUCGCAAGCGCGCCGAUUACAACAUCCGCUCCUCUAACCCUUCUCCCCCCUACGGAAACAAUCGUCAUAAUAGCAGCUAUUAUCAAUAUCAGAAUGGUGGUAAUUACCGAAAUCCGCGCGGUUACGGCUAUAAUGACGGUUAUACCCACAGCCGCCCUGCUUCAGCCGGCAUUAAGUUGGAGAUGCUUUUUCGCUUCAUGACUACCCGGAGUUUUCUUCUCAACCUUUCAUUCGCUGGGCUUUUGUUAGGUGCAUCUGUGGGAAUCCAUAGCGGUGGGAAGGCACUAUGGAAGAUGCACAACUCUGGAAAAUCAUUUGAAGAUGCAAUGGAGUCCAUAGACAAAUCCAAAGGAUUUAACGGUGAAAAAUAGAGAGAUUGUUCAUGUCAUCAUUAGUCCAUUUUGUCAUAGUCCAAUGACAAAAAUUACAUCGUUCUUAAUAUGUGCAGGAAUUAAAAGGUAAAGCAAUUUCUAACAUGGGCUAUAUAAUCUUCACGUCACUUGAACAUACAUGUGCAUACAAAUGUGUGUAUUGAGUGGGUAGGUGCUUGUGUGUGUUAAUAGAAUUAAGGCGAAAAAAGAAUAUUUGCAUUCAUUGGUUACAAAAAGUGGAACAUCGAUUUCAUCAAGAGGUAGCAAAACAUGACUAGGUCUGAACCGUCCGAUGAGAGGUACAAAAUCUUGAUCUUCCUGGCAGUCAUUGUGCUUCUCUUCUUGCUGUACACAACUCUUCAGCAAAAGUGUUGGACUGUUGGGAUUGAAAGAAACUUGGCUUUGCAAUAACCCUGUCAUCAAGGUGAACAAGAAGAGGAGGAAGAACAAACAAUAAUUGAAUAAUGCACUGAAUGCCUGAACCUGUUUUUUAUAGCUUUCCGUGCAGCAUUUUUUUCAUCCUCUUUCAGUCUCAUCUGAUGUGUAUAGUCUUCUCAAGUUAUUAUACUCAUAGUUACUCACUAUUCAUUGAUUAAAUUCUCCAGUAGGGCUGGAUAAAAACAGAUAAAUGGAGAUCAAAUAAAACAGAACUAAACAAGCCAAAUCUUAAGUGAUUAUGACAAAACUUACUAAGAACACC